GUUACUUUACGUUUUACGGCAAGGGCUUUUCACCAGACGGUCUUGGGAGAAGUCGUGCAUACAUCCAUCAAUAAAUACGAAUUCGUAUACCAGUAAAGGAAAUGGCAAAGUUCCAUGCCCCUGUGAUCCAGGAAAACCCAUCAGGAUGGGGUCCUUGUGCUGUACCCGACAAGUUUAAAGACAUGCCCUACCAGCCUUUCAGUAAGGGAGACAGACUUGGAAAGGUGGCUGACUGGACUGGAGCAACAUACCAGGAUAAGAGAUACACAAAUAAAUACUCUUCACAGUUUGGCGGAGGCAGUCAGUAUGCAUACUUCCAUGAGGAGGAUGAGACCAGCUUCCAGCUGGUAGACACUGCCAAGACUCAGAAGACUGCAUAUCAGAGGAACCGUAUGCGAUUUGCUCAGCGAAAUCUCCGGAGGGAUAAAGAUCGCAGGACUCUUACUCAGUUCAACAUGCAGACCUUGCCUAAGAGUGCCAAGCAAAAGGAAAGGGACCGUAUGCGCCUGCAGAAGAAGUUCCAAAAGCAAUUUGGUGUACGGCAGAAGUGGGAUCAAAAGUCGCAGACCCAGCUUAAACCCAGAGACUCUUCUGUGGAGGUGCGCAGUGACUGGGAGGUGAAAGAGGAGAUGGACUUUCCUAGGCUCAUGAAGAUGAGAUACAUGGAUGUGGACGACCCAACUGACAUUGAGUCCUGUGGAGCUCUUGAGCACUACGACAAGGCUUUUGAUCGCGUCACCACUCGCAAUGAAAAGCCACUCAAGAGCAUCAAGAGGAUCUUCCACACCGUCACUACCACCGAUGAUCCCGUGAUCCGCAAGCUUGCAAAGACCCAGGGCAAUGUGUUUGCCACCGACGCCAUCCUGGCCACUCUGAUGUGUUGUACACGCUCUGUUAAUUCGUGGGACAUUAUAGUUCAGCGUGUGGGCAACAAGCUCUUUUUUGACAAGAGGGACAACUCAGAUUUUGACCUGCUUACUGUUAGUGAGACUGCGAACGAGCCACCGCAGGAUGAGGGCAGCUCACUCAAUUCCCCCCGUAACCUGGCUAUGGAGGCCACUUACAUCAAUCACAACUUCAGCCAGCAGUGUCUCAAAAUGGGAGGAGAGAGGCACAAGUUCCCCAAUCCAAACCCCUUUGUUGAGGAGGACAUAGAGAAAAGUGAGGUCGCCUCUGUAGCCUACAGGUAUCGGAGGUGGCAGCUGGGGGAGGAUAUUGAUCUCAUCGUCCGCUGUGAGCAUGACGGAGUGAUGACAGGAGCAAACGGAGAAGUGUCUUUUAUCAAUGUGAAGACCUUGAACGAGUGGGACUCCCGGUACUGCAAUGGAGUUGACUGGCGACAGAAACUGGAUUCCCAGAGAGGAGCGGUUUUAGCCACAGAGUUGAAGAACAACAGCUACAAAUUGGCUCGUUGGACCUGCUGUGCCAUUCUUGCAGGAUCAGAGUACCUCAAGUUGGGGUACGUGUCCCGUUAUCAUGUAAAGGACUCAUCAAGGCACGUUGUCCUUGGCACACAGCAGUUUAAACCCAAUGAGUUUGCCAGCCAAAUUAACCUGAGCAUGGAGAACGCCUGGGGCAUCCUGCGCUGUGUCAUUGACAUCUGUCGCAAACUGGAGGAAGGCAAAUACCUCAUCCUUAAAGACCCAAACAAGCAAGUCAUUAGGGUGUACAGUCUGCCUGAUGGAACCUUCAGCUCAGAUGAGGAUGAAGAGGAGGAGGAGGAGGACGAGGAAGAAGACGAAGAGGAUGAUGAUAACUAAGGCGAAAUUAAUUAUCACAGCUGCCGGCAUUACGUGUAACUUUGUCAGAGCUGAAUAAAGAUAAUUGAGUAUUCAUA